AUGGUUUACCUGAGGACCUCCGAAGUGCGGCAGCUGCUCCACAACAAGUUUGUGGUCAUCCUGGGGGACUCUGUACAGAGGACUGUGUACAAAGACCUGGUGCUUUUGCUGCAGAAGGACUGCCUGCUCACUCGCAGCCAGCUCAAGGCAAAGGGAGAACUGAGCUUCGAACGGGAUAAGCUGGUGGCAGGAGGCCAGCUGGGCCAGAUGCACAAUGGCACCAGCUACCGAGAGGUCCGCCACUUCUGCUCUGGCCACCACCUGGUGCAUUUCUACUUCCUCACACGUGUGUACUCUGAGUAUGUCGAGACCAUCUUGACAGAGCUGCAAUCGGGAGAAGAAGCCCCUGAUCUGGUCAUCAUGAAUUCCUGCCUCUGGGACAUCUCCAGGUAUGGCCAGGACUCCUGGCAGAGCUAUCAGCAAAACCUGGGGAUCCUGUUCCAGCGCCUGAGCGAGGUGCUGCCCGAGUCUUGCCUCCUGGUAUGGAACACAGCUAUGCCCGUGGGCCAGGAAGUCACCGGUGGUUUUCUGCUGCCUGAGCACCAACCCUGGGCCAGGUCCUUGAAAUUCAGCGUGGUGGAAGCCAACUUCCACAGCUUUGCUGAGGCCAGUAAACAUGGCUUUGAUGUGCUAGAUUUGCAUUUCCACUUCCGUCAUUCAAUGCUGUUCCUGCAGCCAGACGGGGUGCACUGGAACGAGCGUGCUCACCGCCACCUCUCAAAUCUGCUGCUGGCCCAUGUGGCAGAUGCAUGGGGUGUGCAGCUACCCCGCCGCCACCCCGUGGGCAAGUGGAUCAGGGAUGGCCUGGCCAAGAAAACACCUGGCCGGAGAGUUGAAGGGCAGCCCCAGGCCAACAGAUAUCACCAGGCCUUACCUCUGCCCCAACACUUUCGUCCUCCCAGACGCACCCCACUGCUCGAAACCCCACGCCUGCCCCCACUCCUGCUACUGCAACCUUCUCGCACUCCCCUUCUCCAGGGGAUGACCCGGUUCCUGCUCCGUUCCCCAGAUACCUCUUUUUCUUCAGACCGUACUUUCCAGUCUGAUCAAUUCUGUUUCCAUUCCAGGGUCUCUUCAUCUGCUCAGACAGGCUUUUCCUCCCAAACCAACUUCAUGUUUGGUCCCCAGCCGCUUAUGUCCCUCCUUGCCACACCUAGCUCUCAGCGGCAGGCCCCUGUGGUCCUUAGGGGUUUUCACAGUUAUCGUCCCAGUGGUCCCUAUGUGCCCUCGAGAGAGCGGUCUCGACCUUCAAAUAGAGGCAACCCAGCCAACUCAGCCAAUCCGACCAGUCCAGCCAACCCAUCCAACCCAGUGCCAAGGCCUCAAUAG